AUGGCGGCGCCCAGGGCGCUGGCUGCGGCGCGGCGGGCGGCGGCGCGGGGGUGGCGCGGCGCGGGGGGGGGCGGCGGCGGCGGCGGCGGGGCCGGUGUUCCCGGUACCGCGGGUGGUCCCGGGGGGCCGGUGCCGGUGCGGAGCCGCCUGUACGAGCACGUCCGCGAGGGCCGGAGCGCGCGGCCGCAGCUGGAGGUGUCGGCGCUGAGCGAGCGGGAGCUGGAGCGGCGGCAGGGGGCGCUGCGGGGCCGCGACCUGCGCGACAUCGUGCAGACCUGGGCCCGGCUGCGGGACGUGCGCGGCGCCAUCGCCCGCCUGGAGGAGGAGAAGGGACGAGUGGCCCGGGACGUGCGGGCCCUGAUGGCAGCCCACGACAAGCAGACAGUAGAGGCGCUCCCUGCCUAUGGAGCGCUCCGGGCUCGGGGGCGCCAGAUCCGGCUGGAACUGCAGGAGCUGCUGGCCCAGGAGGCCUCCUUGGAUGAGAGCUUCUACCUGCGAGCCCUGCAGCUCCCCAACAGCACCCACCCCGAGGUGGUGAGUGCGGAGAGGGGGGGGGACACUCCAUCGUGGUGUCAUCCCCGCCCCCGACACCCCAUGUGCCCUCUGGAACAGCCCGUCGGGGACGAGAGCCAGGCGCGAGUGCUGGAGGUGGUGGGGGAGAAACCAGUGUUCGACUUCAAGCCAAAGGGCCACUUGGAGCUGGGCGAGGGGCUGGACAUCAUCCGGCAGCGGCGCCUGUCGCACGUCUCGGGCCAUCGCUCCUAUUACCUGUGCGGGGCCGCGGCGCUGCUGGAGCACGCGCUGGUGCGCUUCGCCAUGGCCAAACUGCUCAGCAAGGGCUUCCUCCCCAUGACAGUGCCAGAUCUGCUGCGUGGCGUCGUCUUUGAGGGCUGCGGGAUGCAGCCCCACCUCAGCCCCUCGCCCGUGUACACCAUUGACCCCGCGCGCUUCGAGGACCUGAGCCUGGCCGGGACGGCCGAGGUCGGCAUCGCCGGCUACUUCAUGGAUCACGCAGUGCGGCUGCAGGACUUACCCAUCAGGGUUGUGUGCUCCAGCACUUGCUACCGCGCCGAGACGGACACGGGGCGGGAGCCGUGGGGGCUGUACAGGGUGCACCAGUUCACCAAGGUGGAGAUGUUUGGGGUGACGGCGGCUGAGAGCGGGGCUGAGAGUGGGGAGCUGCUGGCGGAGUUCCUGGCGCUGCAGAAGGAGAUCUUCUCCGAGCUGGGCCUCCAUUACCGCGUCCUGGACAUGCCCACGGAGGAGCUGGGGCUCCCCGCGUACCGCAAGUUCGACAUCGAGGCCUGGAUGCCAGGACGGGGCAAAUAUGGGGAGAUCUCCAGUGCCUCCAACUGCACCGACUACCAGAGCCGGCGCCUCAACAUCAUGUACAGCGAUGGGGCUGGGGUGCUGCGCCACGCGCACACGGUGAAUGGCACAGCCUGCGCCGUGUCCCGUAUGCUCAUCGCCCUCUUGGAGUGUAACCAGCUACGGGACGGCCGCGUGCGGGUGCCCCCGGCCCUGCAGCCCCUGGUGGGGCUGGAUGUGAUCCCCCGGCCCCCAGCCCCACGCCUGCGCUACAUCGGCCCCAACCAGCCAGGGGGGGGACCCUGAGGAGCCCCCCAAGUGUGGAGGGGACCCCUCAGUGCACCCCAACCAUGGGGGGACACCCCAGAUGUGCACACGGGAGAAAGAACGUCGGUGCUGCAGGAAGAUGGACAUCAGGGAUGGGGACACGCGUGGACACGCCAUGGCUACACAUAGAGCCGUGUCCUGAGCACACACGACAUGACACACGUGUCCCAUGUGGACACGUUCCCUUGCAUGUUAAACCCCUGUAAUAAACCCCAUGGAGCUCAUGGGCUCUUACACGCGUG